UUCGUGAACGAUUCGCUGAUUUUCCAACAGCUCAUCUGCAAUUCAGCAAUAUCUAAAUAAAAUUGUUCAAUAUAAAUGGACACCAUCCAGAUCAAAAUACCUGAAAAGUAAUUGACCAAUGAAAUACAUAUAGAAAUCAUCAGGUUGUAUAUUGCCUAUCAUGACAUGUUUACCUGUGAAUUGUAAUUCUUAUGCAGUGGUACAUUACACACGUCUAAACUAUAAACUUGUGUCAGCAUAUACAUCGUAAUCUCACAUAUAUAGAAAUGUCGUUAGCAAUUCUCAUUUUGUGCACUAUCAUAUAUAACCUGGUGUAUUCACGUGCAUUUCUCAAUAUGUUUAUCUGAAUAUCUCUGCGAGUUUACCUAAACAUCUCAAUGUUUACCUGAACAUCCCAAUGUUUUUGCCUAUACAUUUCAAUGUGUUUACAUACACAUCACAUUACAUCUAUAUCCCGUAUGUUUCAAGGAUUUUCCAGUUUUCUUGCCCGCGCAUUACAGUUUGCUAACCUUCAAACCACAGUGUGCUUACCUUCACAUCAUAUUGUGAUUAACUGCAACCAUGGUGUGCUUACCUACACAUCACUGUGUACUUACCUGCACAUCACAAUGUGCUUACCUGCACAUCACAGGGUGCUUACCUGCACAUCACAGGGUGCUUACCUACACAUAACAGUGUGCUUUAACCUACACAUUACAACGUGCUUGCCUACACAUUACAGUGUGCUUACCUACACACCACUAUUUACUUACCUACACAUCACGAUGUGCUUACCUGUACAUCACAGGGUGCUUACCUACACAUUACAGUGUGCUUACCUACACAUUACAGUGUGCUUACCUACACAUUACAGUGUGCUUACCUGCACAUCUCGCUGUGCUUACCUGCACAUCACUGAUACCCUGCACAUCAUGACGUGCUUACCUGCUCAGCAAAGUAUGCUACCCUGUACAUCACGUUGUGUUACCCUGCAUAUCACGGUAUGCUACCCUGCACAUCGCUGUGUGCUACUCUGCACAUUACAGUGUGCUUACCUGCACAUCACAGUGUGUUACCCUGCACAUCACGGUGAGCUAGCCUGCACGUUGCGGCGUGCUAAUAUACACAUCACACUGUGUUACCCUGCACAUCACGGUGUGCUAAUCUGCACAUCACCGUGUGCUAGCCUGCACGUCACGGCGUGCUCAUAUACACAUCACACUGUGUUACCCUGCACAUAACGUUGUGCUAACCUGCACAUCACAGUGUGCUACCCUGCACAUCACGGU